CAGCAAUCUGUCAAUGCACCACAGCACCACCAACACCACCAAACACCGCUGCCACCACCUGCCCAGCAGACAUCUUGCCCACGUCAGUACAACUACACUGGACUGUCGAGGAUCUAUAUAUCGCAUACACGCCUCGUGCAAUUGAGCUGCCACGACCGUCAACCCGACGCGUCCAUAUACACUUCGCUAUAGAUCACGACGGCAACACCGCCAAUGCCUGGACGAAAACGCGACACUCGGAACGUCCGGUAGCCAGCCCAUACAGUCUGGCCUGCGCGUUGUAGCCGAUCAUGUAUCUCCCACGAACCGACAUCACGCGCCUUUACAGCAACCUUCUCAAGACCACCCAUCCUUCCUCGUCUCCCGUACAGAUCCUGACUGCACUUUCCGUCGAUAGCAUAUGUGCCACACGAAUCCUCGUUAGUCUCUUCAAACGCGACUUCAUACCGCACAAGAUCCAGCCUGUUUCUGGAUAUGCCGAUUUGCAAAAGUUUGGGCAGGACCUCGUGCUACCACUAACGCGACAACGGGGCGGUGAUGGCGGGACAGUGGUAUGCCUCGGCCUGGGAGGUGCUGUGGCUCUAGAGGAACUCUUGGGGCUCGAUGGCCGGACCGAGAAUGGUGAUAUCGUCGAGGGUGGCAUGCAGAAUCAUGGCGUCGAGAUCUGGGUCGUUGAUUCUCAUCGGCCGUGGAAUCUGGAGAACGUGUUUGGUGUGUCUUCCGCAGUCCCCGAAGUCGACGGCGUUACUGUGCAGCGGCCAGGUGUGCAGCAAGGUCGAAUCAGUCCAAGCUACAAACCCGGCAUGGGGGGCGUGAUCGUCUUCGAUGAUGGCGAUCUUGAGGAGCUAUUACAGGCUGAGAAGGAAGCAUACUUCGCGUUACAAGAAAUGCCCGAGAUAACGGAGGAUGACAUCGCCCUUGUGGCCGACGAUGAGGAUGACGACGACGAGGAACAGCAGGACGAAGAGGGAGAUUCGAGCACGGGCCAGAAGCGAAAGCGUGGAUCCGACUCCGAGGACGAGGAUGACUACCUCUCAGAUACUGAUGGCGAAGAUGGACGACCGCGACGCCGACGACGAAGCAACUCGAGUACAUCCAUACCAAUACCAUCGUCACCCGGCGGCAAUCCACUUUCAGGUCAGCUAGACAUUGCGUCCACCCCCCAGAACAUGCCGUCUUCUCCACCCAAGUCGAAAGAGCCGAAUGAGAAGCAGAAGAUGAAACAAUUGCUUCGGUUGAGACGAAAGCACGAGGGUACACUUGACAGGUACUACGAUAUAGGCACGAGUGGAGCCGAACCUGUGAGCAGCAUCAUGUAUUCUCUCGCAUCGGAGCUCGGCCGAGAAGAGAAUGAGUUGCUCUGGUUGGCAAUCGUUGGCAUUAGUGCCAUGCUUCUGUCACCAUCCGGAGCCGGACCUCGAAUCAAUUAUAUGCGCAUAGUCCUUCAAGACGAAGCGCGGCGUCUCAAUCCUAUCCCGGAGUCAGAGCUUCUCAAAUCGCAAAGCGCGGAGGCCACCAUUCCCACGACGGCACGCAGUCCUACCGACAACAGCAUUCGUCUCUCGCCCGAACCGCGCUUUCUCCUCAUUCGCCACUGGAGUUUAUAUGAUGCCAUGCGUCACUCCCCCUACCUUGCUACCCGUCUGCACCUGUGGAGCGAUCAAGGGAUGAAGCGCUUGCACAAACUGUUAGCCAAGAUGGGCAUCAGCCUAGCCGAGGCAGGACAAGGCUACCUCCAUAUGAAUACGGAUGUCAAGCAGACGCUUCGCAAACGCAUUCUCAGGUGGGCCGCACAAUACAACCUGGAAGGUCUUGUCCCUGGUGAUGACGGUCCUCGCGGUAUGGAGAACUGGGGUUUCGUUCGAUCGUGGGGGUGGGCAGGCACGCUGUCAGCAGAAGACGUUGCGAUUGUGGUUGGCGCGAUACUUGAGGUCGGCACCGAUCACUCGAUCUUCCCAGACCUGAAAUUCGACAACAGGCCCAGCACGGACUUCAACUACAAUGCUCGAAUGCGCAACUUACCUACGCCUCCGCACAGCUCAGACGACGGCAUGGACUCGUCCUUUCACGAUUCCUCGGAUGUGCCUGACUACGUCAGCCAACGCUUCUAUCGCGCCUACGAUGCUCUAGAGCCACGCGUCGGACUUAAGACCUUGCAAAAGAGCAUACCCGCUGCGCAGGAUCUGUACAGAGCUAUACUUCGCGUCGGGUCCUACCUCAUCAGCAAGAAAGUCCUCCGGCAUCUCCGCUCCUUCCGUAUCGGCGUCGUUCGUGAAGGAUCAGACUUGCAUGUAUUCACCCAUCCCGGCGCUCUCGUGCGACUGGCAAGUUGGGUUGCCGAGGCCGUUGCUGUACUCGAAGCCGAAGCCGGAAAGAAAGCUCGCAAGGGAAAGGACGAAGCACUUGUGCUUGGUGCUCUUGACGAGAGCCGAUCCGUUUACGUUGUAGUCGGAAUCGGCGGUGGACCGGGUUGGAACGGCAGCGGCAAGAAGAUCCGAUCAAAAGCCGAGAUCAAAGAACGCGAAGAGAAGAAGAAGCGAAAAGAGGCUGAGCGGGUGGCAAAGCGUGCGGAAGCCGCGAGGAAGCGGGAGGAGCGUAGGCAUCUGCGACGAGAGCGCAAUGCCGCCAACGGUCUGGAUUCAGAUGAUGAGGAGGACUCUGAGAGCGAGCCCGAGACUGAAGACGAGGACUCUGACUCUGACGCUGACUCCGAUGACGAAGAAGUCUCAGCGGGUCGAAAGAAGACCGGGCCUACCAAUCGUUUUGGUCAAGCCUUCCAAGAAGUGGUCGAGCAAACAGGCGCCAGAGUCCGAAUCGAUUCUUUCGAGCACAGCGUCGUGGAGGUGAAGAAGGAGGAUUUUUCAGGCUUUCUGGAAGCUCUGAGUUCAAAGACUGUGGUCUCAUGAAGAACCUGGACUGCUGGGUCUGCUGCUGGGGUUCAAUGAUAGCGUUUCACGACAAUUGGAUGCACAGCUUCUGUUUGAGAUUUUGCAUAGGGCAUCGCAUGGCGGGCGAAGGGCGUUCUGGAAGCGCGGUAUGAAGACUCCUGAGAUACACAGCUGGUUCCUAUUAGUACCAUGAUGACGGUCCGCGCUACAGGGAGAGAAAAGCAUAGAUAUGAAGAAAGCUUGUGGAAGCA